AUGAAUAAUGGAAAAGAAGAAUGGCGCUGGGUCUUGCGCAGGUUCCAUGUAGAUAUCCGACGGAAGAAAAAGCCUGCUGAAGCAAUUCCCUUUUCCUCUUCCUUUUUCCCCGCGGCGAUGAACCUUGUGGGGCCGAGAAGAGACUGUGAAUACCCAAAGCGUCGAGAAGAAAAUCUCCAACACAUUCAGCGCGAGUCAUUGCGUCUAGUUGGUGCCGAUGAACAGACGAUGAGACUCGGCCACCUUCGGUCGGAAGCAUGCAACAUCCCUCUGGAUUUGUUUGAAGACAAAUAA